AUGUGCCUGUGCGCGUCGACAAGCCAUCCCCAGCUGGCCUCUUUCACCCCCCGGCUAGUCUUGCGGCGAACAAGCAUGAAGAUGGGCUGCUUCCGAGCACAUAGCGUCCUGUAUCAUGAUAUCAUUGCUGGUUUGAUUGAGGAGCUGGCGCGCAUAACCAUCAUCGUCGGCGGCGGAACGGCCUCUCGGUCUUGCCUGCUGCCCUGCCCUGCUCUCCUCUAUCGCCAGAGCCAUUCGCCAUUCACGAUCCGCCAUGAUACGCGCAUAGUAUGCAUGGCCCGAUUCGAUGCCUCUGCGAGAUGCAGGACCGAGGCCGAAGGACCCUCUCGGAAGACGCUUUGGGAGGAGGCUCGGGUUCCGUUUGGGUUGCAGUCACUGCCUGAGGCUGCCUUCCGACUAAGACGUCCUCGAUACAGUGCCAGCGAGCUGACUCGUCUACUGUACAAUAUCAGGUUGAUACCGCCAACAGCCUACGGUACUGCAGCGACCAUACAAUGGCACAAGUGUCGCUCAGUCUGUACGGACAUCUACGCCCAGCUCGCUCUCUUCGUACUGCGCAUACUUGGACGCUAUCAUAUCAUCGUGACUUUCACAGGCGCUAGCCAGGGUCAGACCGUUGGGUCUCGCCCCCUCUCAUGUUAUUAUCGCCGGGUCCAGGUCAUAAACAGGCUGGUCCUCCGGGCGACGGAGCUUCUCGAGCCGCCAACCAGACAAACCAGCGCCAUCAAAGAGUUGCAUUGCUUGACGGGAGAGCUAUCCAUUGGUGUCCUUGGCGCCAGCAGGCAUUUACGAGAAUUGCAGAUGUUUCUGUACAAGUCAGUAGUCUUCUUUCUCGGGCGUGAUCAAAAGUACCGCGCACGGAAUGGGAGCAUACAAUACGAGGUCACGAUCCGUAUCGAAGCCCCUGAGCUGAGCCUCCCUGGUCGCUGGUGGCUUCUUCGAGGUCUGCAGAUCAUUAUCUUAUCAAACGCUUUCCAGAGGCUCGACCCCAUAAGCCCACUAUACUACCUCCCAUGCUCCGUAACUGCAUCUGGACUUCUGGAGCACCAACACAAGCGUGUGCAGUUGAAGCUAGAGAAGCUGAGAGACGAUGCUUGCAACGGCAAAAGAGCAGCACGCAAUGCGGGCGGCGCGAGGCCUAUUACUGCUGGUAGCAGGCUACUGGCGAGCUAUGUGAUGUGUUGCCCUUGA